CUUCGAAAGCCGUGUGUGUUAGUAUCAGUGCAAUCAAGCAUAAUAUUUUACCACGGUUCACAUAUCGCAUUUUCGUUCUGUAUUGUUAACAACCCUGUAAUGGGCGCAGUAGCAUCGGUAAUCGCGCCCCUAGCAGUCACUGCGCUCGGCGCUUUGGCAGGAAUCCUAACGAGAAAUUCGGGGUCGGUUGCCUCUGCAGCGCCGAUUGAUGUAGAUUCCAUAAAAAAGACUGCUAUGGACGCCAAAGAGCAAGAGCAUCAGAAACAGCGUGAGAAAGAACGUGAGGAGUACGAAAAGCAAUUACGAAGUGCCAGAGCAGAUAGUGAAGCCCUAUCCAAACUUCGGGCCGAGCAUCAGCAAGCGGAAAAAGAUCGCAAAGCGGAACUUGCAUACUACAAGGAGCGCAUAAACGAUUUGACGAGCAACAUUAAAAAGACAGAAGCUGAAAUGAGAUCGAUGAAGGAGCAGCUGGAAAAACCGGUGCGUGACCUCGCAGCGAAAAUGGACUUUGUCAACGGGCUCAACUUGAAAAUUCGCCAAACCGAUUCGCUACUGCUGUUGGGACCAAAAGGCACCGGUAAGUCCACAUUUCUGUGGCUGCUCAAGAAAGGUGCCAAGCCAACAAAGACAUAUAGCGACGGAACAGCGCAGCUUCUUCAUUAUAACGGCUUCACCGACACCAUUGGUCUGCGCGGAUGGACACCGGAAGAGGUGCUGAAGUUAUUUGUUCUCAUGAUCUACGAUGGGAUUCCGAAAGACUUGAUCAUUUUUGGAAACGAUCGCGUACAACAGGCCUUUACUGCGCUGGCGUCUUGGGGAGUAAUGGUUCCCAUGAUCGCCAUUAUGUCCGGUGAGUUUUGGAAAAAAGUCGAGCCUCCCCAAGGUGGAAAGGUGAUAAUUACCCUUACCGAUACUGGUAGAAUUCGGAAAAUUACCCCAGAGAGCGAUUUGCACGAAGCUUAUGACUUGACGGCCUACAAGGUAAUUAGGGAUAUCAAACUUGGAGAGCCAGUUACCCAUCACGAUGAUAUUGACCAUUUGGUUAGAAAACGUCACGCCGGAGGUGUUCUGCCCUUUAAAGUCUUGAUGAACGCCUUCAGAAAUCAAAAUCAGUUCCUGGUUACUCCAGAAAAUCGGUCAUCUGUUGUCGAUGGUUUGUUUCGCCUGAUCUACGUUUACGAGAAGAAGUACGCACGCGACAGACUGAAAUUCAUGAAUGAAGCCACGUUGCAAGACUUCUCUUGAGUCAAGAAUACAUUUAACUUAAAUUGCGGUGCUCUUCACUGUGUUCCUUCCAGGACUAUCGAUUAGUACUCGUAUUAUUUGCCGAUAUUUGCUAUGCAACAGCGGUCGUUUGAACUUGUUUGCAAUUGUAAGCAGCAGUAGCAACUUUAAUUUUCAUAAGCAGUUGCAUGCAUGACACAGUUCACAGUUCAAGAUAACGAAUAGCAAUAAGUACAUCUGUGGUAGUAUUUUUACCGGUUAGUGCAGAUGCGUCUUUAUGCAAUAAAGUAUUACGCGGAGG